UUCACCCCAGUAAGAAAACGCAACCCGCUUAAGCGAGGCCUCACGAAGUGCCUACGGGAGGUGCCUGCGGUGGUCAUGUCUAAAUUCGACAAGUUUACGAUGGUGGACCCCCUCGGGGCUGACGAGGAGGAGAAGAGUAUGCAGGAGAUGGUCGCCAACGAGGUGAAUGACCGCAUGGGCCGCGCGGUCGGGGAGCUCAAGGACAAGUACGAGAAGGGCGGCAAGGGCUACGACGCCGCCUCCGACGCGCAGCCCACCGGGGCAGCCUACGCGCAGGCCCGGGAGCAGGAGAAGCAGAGGAAGAAGGCCAUCAGGGACCAGAGACGAGCGGCGGAGGCGGCCACGAGGGAGGAGGACGCGGAGCUGGCGGCGCAGAUGAAGGCCUCGGCGCGGCUGAACGGGGAGGUGGAUUCCGAAGACGAAGACGGGGGGGAUGGUGGAAGCGACGAUGUGGAUAGCGACGACGAGCUGCUCGCGGGGUUGGAUGCUGAUCCGGAGAUUUGCCGCAUCCGCGAGAGCCGCCUGCGCGAGCUGAAGCGAGUACACGAGGCGCGAGCGGAGAACAUCGCCAAGGGCCACGGCCAGUACCGUGAGAUCGUCCAGGAUGAGUUCCUGCCGGAGGUGACCUCGAGCGAGAAGGUCGUCGUGCACUUCUACCACAAGGACUUCCAACGGUGCAAAGUGAUGGACAUGCGCCUUGGGGAGCUGGCGCCUAGGCACCUAGAGACGAAGUUCUUGAGGAUAGACGCAGAGAAGGCGCCCUUCUUCGUCCAGAAGCUCCAGGUGAAGAUCCUUCCGACGGUGAUCUGCUUCAUCGACGGGGUGGCGGUGCACAACAUCAUCGGUUUCGACGGCCUGACCGCUGGCCUCCCGCCAGACAAGCUGGACGAGUGGCCGCUCUCCAACCUCGCCAGGGAGCUCGCGCUCGCCAAGGCGAUAAUUUACAGCCAGCGCGAUGCACCAGAGGGCACGGGUCCGCGGGAGCAGGGCGGCUACACGGGGGCGAUCCGGGCAGGCUUGAACGACGGCGAUUUUUCGGACGAGGAUGGUUGAAGAAAAAAAAAAGCCGUCGUAUAUAGGCGGAAUUGUUUGCCUGAACCACUGGUGGUUCAGGCUUGGCUUUUUUUUUCGCGCUGUCAGUUGUUGUUCCUUGAGGACAACCUCUAAUGGGUUGACCGAGUGAUUUGACAGGGGGUGUUUUUGGUUUUGAGAGAGCGUGUUGUGGAUUGCCGGUCGUUUGAUGUCUACCAUAUCAAGAAGUAGUGUACUAGCUUCAAGUGCUUGAUGCGUGCGUCCGGUGCGCGAGUGACCGCUACUCCUGUUGCACCGUGGAUAUAGCCUAGCUGUACACCCGAGCUGUACGAUGUCAGCAUUCACCGGGAUCGUUUUGCC